AUGGCACAUGAAGUUAAUAGAAAUAAUCAUGGAACUUUAUCAUAUAUAUGUUGUACAAAAACAGAUCCGUUAGAUACAUUUAAACAAUAUUAUGCAUUUAAACGUCCAUCUGGUUAUGGACAAGUAUUCUCAUCAAUACAACAUGACAUUCAAUUUCGUUUAUCAUCUUUAAAUGAAGAAUUUUAUGGAUGUACAAUGACAAAUCGAUUGUAUCCGAUUGUUAUUGUAUGUAAAGCAAUCAAUACAGAUUUAACAAAAAGUCCAUCAACCAUAUGCGGUGACACAGUCAAUUAUCAUACUACUGCAGCUACAACAGUUUUUCCAACAUUUGAUCAGUAUCAUAUUAUUUUAGCUACUAUAAAAUAUCAUCGAUCGAAUAAUUCAACGACAGUUAUUUCGGAUCAUGCAUCAGCUUUAUUACUUAGUCAAAAACAUAUUUAUAAUGGAAUUGUUUUUAAAUUAUAUGAACUUUAUGGUAUUGAAAAUCCGCCAUCAAAAUUUUCAAUAAAUGAUCGACAGAAAAUUUCAAAACAAAAAAAUUCUUUAAUUAAAGUUGUUACAACACCAACUCUAUCCGAGAAUGAACCAUUCAUAUAUACGAAUUCAAUAAAUCGUAUGAAUGAAAUUUGUUUGCCCAAUCAGAAAACUAAACAAAUACAUCAAAUAAAAAAAUCUGUCUCAUGUAUAGAUUUAAUAUUAAAUAAUACUGGUGAAAAUACUUGUGUUAUUUGUUUAACCGAUAUACGAAAUGUUUUACUUUUACCAUGUCGACAUUUAUGUCUAUGUGGAUCUUGUGCUGAAAAUCUCAAAUUUCAAUCAGCCAAUUGUCCCAUAUGUCGUAUACCAUUUCGUGCUUUACUACAAAUCGAUGCUUUAUAUCAUCGUGAAAUUCUUCAUAGUGAUAGUGAUGAGAAUGAUAAUGAUGAUGAAUAUAUGUAUGAUAGUAUAUCACUUAUUGAUGCUUUAAAUUUAGCUACAACGAUAGCAAAAAAAAGUUCAUCAAAAUCGAUAACAACAAAUGAUUUAUAUAUCAAUUGUAAACCUGUAACAACAACUGAUUUAAAGUAUUUUUGUAGUGAACAUACUGUAUAA